UAAGUUAAGAGAUAAUUAUUUCAUGAGGUACUCGCCUAUUUACUUAAAAAAACGUUAUAGAAUAGACGGCGGUAUUAAUUGGAAAAGUAGGGUUUAAUCUUCCAUCAAAUUGAAACCCCGUGCCUCUGUCUCCGCCUUCCUGCAAAUCGCAUCCAGCUGGAAUUAAACUCCGUCUCUUUUAUAUCAACCAAGAGAUAUGUCAGGUGAAGAAGAGGUUGUUGCAGUUGAGCCUGUUGUUGCUGCUGCAAUUCCAGGUGAGCCAAUGGACAUCAUGACUGCCCUGCAGCUGGUGCUUAGAAAGUCUCGUGCUUAUGGUGGUCUUGCACGAGGUCUUCAUGAAGGUGCAAAAGUGAUUGAGAAGCAUGCUGCACAGCUUUGUGUUCUAGCUGAAGAUUGUGACCAACCUGAUUAUGUCAAAUUGGUGAAAGCCCUCUGCGCAGAGCACAAUGUUAGCUUGUUGACAGUUCCAAGUGCAAAGACACUUGGAGAGUGGGCUGGUUUGUGCAAGAUUGAUUCAGAAGGUAAAGCUAGGAAGGUUACCGGAUGCUCUUGUGUGGUUGUCAAGGAUUUUGGGGAGGAACAUGAAGCCUAUAAUGUUGUUUUGCAACAUGUAAAAGCUAACUAAGCUUCAAUAUGCAUUGAUUUGUCAAUUUCAAUUUGAAGUUUUUGUACGACUGUCAUGGAUUUUGCCUUUAUGAAGUAUCUGCUAAGUGAUUUUGAUGGUUUAUGAUGUUUUAUGAUGGUGUGACACUCGAUUCAUCCCAUUGCUGCUCUUACUCAAUUUUGACUACAUGCUCUGA